AAGAGGAUCAAAACAUUUCCUAAUAAGGUCGAUGGUAACGCAAACACGAAAUCGUGCAUAUUUCUGUCGUGGGGGCAAAAGAUCCCAAAAAUGUUUUUUUUUUUUUUUUUUUUUUUUCCCCCUCCUUGGGCUGCACGGUUUUAGAGUGAAGCGCAGUUUAUGACCAGAGAAGCAGUUGCAGUAGCUGAAAGACGUUGGACUUUUGCAGAACAGCGUGUGCGCUCACAGUUUGGUGGAAAAAGGAACCAUGGGGGAUGUUGAACUUGUAACUUCUACUCGAGUCUCAAAGACCACCCUUACCCUGGGGAGACCAUCUCCAAGCAGCAGUGCUCUCCCCACUGAACCUCCAGCCUUCACUCUUCCUCCGAGGAACGCCAGCAUUGCCCUUGGAGGGACAGCCAGGCUUGAUGGAAAGGUCCGAGGGUAUCCAGAACCUCAGAUUACGUGGUACAAGAACGGUAAACCAGUGACUGCAGGAGACCGCAAUGGGAUUGAACAAAGUGCCAGGGGAACUUUCAGUCUGGUAAUCAAAGACGUUCAAGAAGAUGACGGUGGAAAAUACACCUGUGAGGCCGUUAAUGAUGGGGGCGUUCGGCAAGUGACUGUUGAGCUGACAGUAGAAGGUAAUGCAAGGCAGAAAUAUAAUCUGCUGUCCACCAGCAAAUCAUCAGGUGGUAGAUUUGGUGUCCCGUCAGUUGAUAGCAGGCCAAGCAUCUGGGGAGAGAGUCCGCCAAAGUUUGUCACGAAACCAUCACGGCUUAUUCUCAAGGAAGGUCAGGGUGGCAAAUUCUCAGCUAAGAUUACAGGGCGGCCUCAGCCUCAAGUGAUCUGGCUCAAGGAUGAUGCUGAAUUGAAGCAAAGUGAUCAUUUUAAUCUGUUCGAGAAAUCAGGGAUUCACUUUUUAGAAAUCCAAGAUGCGCAACUAGAGGAUUCUGGAAUGUAUACAUGUUCCGUGGUGAAUAGUGCUGGAAAAGCUUCAGCAUCGGCAGAGCUUACUGUUCAAAGUUCAGAUACUAAAUCAAACAUCAUUUCAGCAAAGCCAUCUGCCACAGUCAUAAAAACUGAGGAAACAUCUGAAUCUCAGCACACAACAGCAAACGGCAUAAUAAAGCAACAGAAGUCCACUACAACAGCAGUGAAGACUGAACCCAAAGAGACGCUGACCACAAUGAGAGCUAUCAGCAGGGAGUCCAAUGUGCUGACACACAGGAAAGCAGAGCCAGUGAAAAAAGCCUCUGCUGUUGACCCAAAGGCAGAGGCAAGAAGAUCUGAGGUUCAGCAGAAGACAACGAGUACCAUUACACUUCAAUCAGUAAAAAUUAGUCAGAAAACGAGCCCAGCCCCCGAUCCAAGGGUUGAGGCUGCCAAGCAGGUGAAGCAGCAGGUGACAGUAGAAAGCAGAGUAACUUUCCAGGCAAUCCAAGGUGUGACCAAGGAACCUGAGAAGCUGAGAGAAACCAGCAAAAUAACAACAAAACAGAAAUGGGAAACCAAAGGGUCUCCUCCAAAGUUUGAGAUUCAACCACAAAGCCUGGAUGCUUUGGAAGGUCAAGAGGUCACAUUUAAAAGUAAAGUUUCAGGAAGUCCACAACCUGAUGUCAAGUGGAUUAGAGAUGGUAUUCCCAUGAGGGGUAAAGCAGGUGUAAAGAUACAUGAAGAAGGCGGCAUGUAUUGUCUUUCCCUAGCCAAAGUCCAGAAAGUUGAUUUUGGGCAAUAUAGCUGCACAGCAAUAAACAGCAGAGGACAGGCCUCUUGUACUUGGACUCUGAAUGUGAAAAGCCCAAAAGUGGAGGGAAUUGCCCCGUUUGUCACCAGUCCGUUGAAGGGAUGCACAGUGAGUGAAGGGCAAGAUUUUGUGUUGCAGUGUUCUUUUGAGGCCAAACCCUCACCUCAGAUUACCUGGUUAUUAAAUGAUAACACUAUCCAGUACGCACAUGCAACUUUUGAAAAUGGAGUGGCCAAACUGACUGUUCAGGAUGCGUUACCAGAGGAUGAUGGUCUAUAUACCUGUGUGGCGGAGAACAGCUGUGGAAGAGCAACUUGCAGUGCCAAAGUAGUCAUAAAAGAAAAGAAGGCAGCUAAAAGGGAUGAGCACAGAAAUGCUGAAGCAAGCAAGACCUCCCCUCCUGUGUUCUUGAAAGCUCUGACUGAUAUGAGAGUCAUGGAUGGAAGUCAAGUCCGAAUGACUGUUGAAGUGACAGGUAGUCCACAACCUGAAAUUGUUUGGCUUCAUAAUGGAAAAGAAAUACAGGAGUCAGAAGACUUUCAUUUUGAAAAGAAAGGGAAUGAAUACAUCCUAUACAUUCAAGAGGUCUUUCCAGAAGAUACUGGGAAAUACACCUGUGCGGUUUGGAAUGAGCUUGGAGAGACACGGUCUGAGGCAACAUUAACUGUGCAAGAGCCUCAGGACGGUGUUCAGCCCUGGUUUAUUAGCAAGCCGAAGUCUGUAACAGCAAGGCUUGGCCAGCACACUCUGCUCUCCUGCGCUAUUGCUGGGGAUCCUUUCCCAGAUUUCCAGUGGCUUAAAGAUGGACAGCAGAUAGUUUUGGAAGAAGACUGUGAAAUCCUUCAAAAUGAAGACCUGGUUACGUUGUUAUUCAGGAACGUUCAACCUCACCAUGCAGGAGAAUAUGAAAUAAAACUGAAAAACCCCAUUGGGGACUGCAGCUGCCUUGUGUCUCUGUUGGUCAGAGAGGGUUUGCUGUCCAGUGAGGAGACUCACCAAACAGAUCAAGAGAAAGAGGCUGAUCCUUUCGGAGAAGAAGGAGAAGAAGAAGUCACUCAUGGGACUUUAAGGCUUGGUAGAGCUGGUACUGCCAGAAAGAGCCCUAGAGAUCUCAAAGACGCAGGAUACGAGGCAAAUGUUCGAGGGCUGCUGAAAAGGAGAGUGGAAACCAAGGAACACUGUGAGGAUAAGAUCAGGCAGCAAGAGGCUGAGCAAGUUGAUUUCCGCACUGUUUUGGGAAAGAAAGUCACAAUCAAAAGCAUUUCUGAGGAGGACUUAAAGGAAUUAUCAGCUGAGCAAAUGGACUUCAGGGCUAACCUUCAGCGACAGGUCAAACCCAAGACCUUGUCUGAAGACGACAGGAAAGUCCACAACUCACAGCAGGUUGACUUUAGGGCAGUACUGGGUAAAAAAACAAUUCCAAAGGUUUCAACUCUGGAGAAAAGUCAAGCUAACAAUGCAGCACCGGAUUUUAGAUCUGUGCUGGGAUCAAAAAAGAAACCACCUAUUGAGAAUAACAACAACAACAACAACAAUGACGACAAAGAUACAGGUAAAAAAGAGGUCCAGAACUCCCAGCCUGACAACAAGGAGCAGAAGAACGAUGUGAACUGUGAACAUGGAUGCCCUGUGGUAGAUGGUGGGAUUAUUGGAAAGAAAUCUAACAAUGUUGGGAAGGGACCUGUGUUUACAGAGCAAUUAGGUGACACUCAUGUAACUGAUGGGGAACGUACAAUGCCAGUUGCCUGUCCAAUCGUACCUCUCCGUCCAACGUGUUACCUGGAGUUUAGAUGGAAAAAUCAUCAAAUCAUCGAAGUUUUAGUGCUCCUGGCCCAGGACCUUGUGUGCCAGUGUUUUAAAGCACCUGCAAAGAACAAUUCAACGAAUCAAGUUCAUGUUUUAAAUUUGAUAUGGAAGGGGUGUUUAGCGGAGGAUCUUCAUAACUUUUUUACAUUUACAUUAGGAGGUGUUUGCUCCCUCACAAUCGACAAGGCCCUGCCCGAAGAUGAAGGCCAAUACAAGUGCAUAGCUGAAAAUUCUGCUGGGAGAGCCGAGUGCUGCUGCUUUGUCCAUGUAGAUGAUCCUUCCGAUACAAAUCCUUCUAAACUAUCUGAUAAGAAGGCCAAAAGAAAUAAAAGCACGCCUUCAACUCCAACUACAGAAAAGGAAGCUACAAUAAAGAAGAAACCAGCUCCAAAGACACCUCCUAAAUUAGCUAUCCCUCCUCAGAUACUUCAGUUCCCUGAUGAUAUGAAAGUUCGUGCUGGGGAACCUGUGGAUUUGUUUUGUAAGUUCGGGGGAACGCAGCCCAUCACCUGCACUUGGCUAAAAUUCAAAAAACAGAUUGAAGAGAAAGGACCUGUAAAAAUAACAAAUACAGAGACCACCAGCAAACUAACCAUCUCUCCAACCAAACCCGAACACUGUGGAUUUUAUAUACUGCAGUUAGAAAAUAAGCAUGGCAGCCGACAAGCGCAGAUCAACAUCACAAUUGUUGAUAAACCUGAGCCUCCAGCUGGAGUCCCAUGCGCAUCAGAUAUCCGAAGCUCUACCCUGACCUUAUCAUGGUAUGGUCCCACAUACGAUGGUGGAAGCGCAGUGCAGUCAUACACCUUGGAGAUCUGGAACUCAGUGGACAAACAAUGGACAGACCUGGCCACUUGCUGUAGCACAUCUUACAAUAUCCAGGACCUUCUGCCUGAUAGGGAGUACAAAUUCCGACUACGAGCUGCUAAUGUAUAUGGAGUCAGUGAACCAAGCCAAGAGUCUGACUUGGUUAAAGUGGGGGAAAAGCCAGCAGAAACUAAAGCAGAAGAAGCAGAACUUUCUGAUGAUGAUGCUGACAUAGAAUCUGAGCCAGAAUAUCGAAAUGUUACUAUUAAUACAAGUCAAAAGGUCAAUGAGUUUUAUAACAUUGAAGAAAGACUUGGCACAGGAAAAUUCGGACAAGUAUUCAAACUGUCUGAUAAGAAAACUGGAAAAAUUUGGGCUGGAAAAUUUAUAAGAGCAUAUUCAGCUAAAGAUAAAGAAAAUGUAAGACAAGAAAUACAAAUCAUGAACGACCUGCAUCACCCAAAACUUGUACAGUGCAUAGAUGCCUUUGAAAGUAAAGCUGACAUUGUCAUGGUUAUGGAAAUUAUUUCUGGAGGAGAACUCUUCGAAAGAAUCAUUGAUGAAGACUUUGAGUUAACGGAAAGAGAAGUUAUCAAGUACAUGAAGCAGAUCACUGAUGGGGUUCAGUUCAUCCAUCAGCAGGGGAUUGUGCAUCUGGACCUGAAACCAGAGAACAUCAUGUGUGUCAACAAGACAGGAUCAACAAUCAAGCUCAUUGAUUUUGGACUUGCCAGACGAUUAGAAAACUCGUCAUCACUCAAAGUUCUUUUUGGAACUCCAGAAUUUGUGGCUCCAGAAGUUAUAAACUAUGAGGCAAUUGGAUAUGUAACAGAUAUGUGGAGCAUAGGAGUCAUUUGCUAUAUCUUGGUCAGUGGACUUUCUCCUUUUAUGGGAGAUAAUGACAAUGAAACCUUGUCCAAUGUUACAUCAGCUACUUGGGAUUUUGAUGAUGAUGCUUUCAAUGAGAUCUCAGAUGAAGCCAAAAAUUUCAUAAGCAGCCUAUUAAAGAAAGACAUGAAGCAUCGUUUGACAUGCAGCCAAUGCAUUCAACACCCAUGGCUGCAGAAAGACACAAAGAACAUGGAAGCCAAACAACUUUCGAAGGAGAGGAUGAAAAAAUAUAUCCUCAGAAGAAAAUGGCAGAAAACCGGUCAUGCAGUAAGAGCGAUUGGAAGACUCUCAUCUAUGGCAAUGAUUUCAGGCCUCAGUGGGAAAAAAGGAGGCUCUCCUAUCAGCCCCCCAAUCUCAGACAAGCUUGUAACAGAAGAUGAUGUUUCCAAUCAGUUUCUUGAAGCCCUUGAUGAAGAAAGAACUAAUGCCAAGCCAUACUUCAGCACCGUCAUUAAAGAUGUGGAAGUGGUGGAAGGGAGUGCGGCGAGAUUUGAUUGCAAGAUCGAGGGUUUCCCUGAUCCUGAAGUGGUGUGGUAUAAAGAUGAACAGCCUAUCAAAGAAACUCGCCAUUUCCAGAUCGACUAUGAUGAGGAAGGAAACUGCUGUUUGGUCAUCUCAGAUGUCUCUGGUGAAGAUGAUGCCAAAUACACUUGCAAAGCUGUGAACAGCCUGGGAGAGGCAACCUGCACUGCUGAGCUCAUAGUAGAGGUCAUGGGAAAGGAGGAGGAGGAGGAGGAGGAGGAGGAGGAGGAGGAGGAGGAGGAAUAAGACAGGACUGAAGCAAAAGCACCAAAUUUACUUUCAUAAGACACUCACUGUUUCGUGGACUAAAUGUACUAAGAACACCCUAUGCUAUUUUUGGACACUUUCUUUGCUAUGAAAUGGUUAUAACAGACAUUAGGAGCCUGGUUUUCCACAGUGGGCAAAUGCCCAUUUAAUCGUGAGUGGGAAUGUACCUUCAAUUUGCCCAUAGUAGAAAAUAUCGGCAGAUGUUAAUAUGAAAAUGGUGAUGUCUUUAACAUCCCAGCUAUUGUUUGAUUGCUUGAUAUAGUUACAUCUAUUUGAGACACACUGGUGUUAGGCAACCAGACUAAAUGAAAACUAUUUUAUAGAAAUAGGAAAACUGUAAAACUAAAGAUUAUUAUUAUUAUUUAUUAUUAUUAUUAUUAUUAUUAUUAUUAUUAUUAUUAUUAUUAUUAUUAUUAUUAUUAAUCUCAACAUUGUGGUGUUUGGUAUUAGCAGAACUUGCAUUUGCAUUUCUUUUUUAAUGCUGUAGUCCACACAUACUAUACUUUGUGCAUCAGUUGUGAAAUAUGCAAUCAUGCAAUUCAUUUUUCAAAAAGUUUUGCUUUUUAAAUGGCAAAAUAUUAUUAAAGGUAUUGAAUUAUGAAACACAUUAUACUAUUAUAGAUGUAUGAAGACCAUAUUGUUUUUUUUUUUUAUUUCCUUAAAUGUGAGUAUGACAAAAUGUGUUACUGAUGUUAUCACUCACUGUUAUUAUAUCACAAAGCAUGUUGUUUGCACAGUGAAUUGCAAAAUAUUUUAUUAUAUGUGUAGCGGUAACAAGGAGGUGGACCUUUGGAAUCACUUAGAAUCCAAAGCAAACAUGGCUUUUUAAAUAUAAAACAAAAGAUAAAACACAGUGCCCCUGCUGCAGCUGAAAAAAGGAUUACAGAACUUGUAAAAGUUCCACUUUGUCUGAAAUGUGUUUUGUGAACAGCAAAAAAAAAAAGGGGGACUUUUCAAAGAGUGCAUAUUUACUUAUUCAGCUUUUGGAACUGCCUUGUACAUUUCCUUUAUUAGAGACAUAGUGGAAAAAGCAAAGUGUACUUACUACAGCAUAGUAAAAGCAAGGACAAACAAGUUGUUUAUUUUUUCCGCGAUUGCCUGUCCAUAUACUGCGCUUUAGUACACUUUGCUUUGCUCUUACUACUGUACACAUCAGCUUACUAAACUAUAAAAUUAACCUUUAAAAGGCUCUGAUGAAUAUACUGAUUACAUUACAUUUUUCGUUUUAGGCCUUCUAGAUACAAGUUAAUAACUUCACUUUACUUAUUGAAGUGUAAAGCUGUUAUUCACGAACUGUUCUGCAUGUAACCAGUGUCUUUAUUUAUAUGCAGUUUUUUGCUGUUAAAUGCGUGAUUUGUCUUGCAAAUGGGCAUUUAUGAAAACCCUGUUCAUUUGGAGCAAUGGAAGAUUAAACUGGUGUGUUUUUUUUUCACA